AUAAUAACAAAAAAGAAGAAAUGUUAUUUAAGUUAUUUUAGGUUAUGUGUCAUUGGUUGACAACUUACCUUACAUAAUUCAAAAUGCUUUUCAGACAAGAAAAUACCUCCAAAGAGAAGGAAAUCGAUUACUUAAACGUCCCAGACGGGGAACAAGUUGCAGAGAAAUUAUGGUACGUUCUAAAACCCGCUGCUGGUCUAGCAGUAUUCGCGGGUACAUUUGAUGUCAUUGCUUGGUCGCAACCAAAAACUUUACUAGGAGCCCUAGGGCGAUUCGCUCAUUUUAGUUUUCCCAUACUUGGGGUAAGCUCCACGUUCGUCCUAACAAGUAACGCUGUUGGUAGUCUGCGUAAGAAAGACGAUAUUUGGAAUUGGGUGAUUGCAGGUUUCGCUGCAGGCUCCGUUAUGGGUAUUUGGAGAAGAAGACGUAUGGAAGGAUUUAAUUACGGAUUGCUGUUCGCACUUGGUGGCGCUAUUAGAAAAGAUACUGCAUUGAAAGGUAUGGGCUACUAUCUACCCGAAAAUCAUGUUCAAAUGGAAGGAUUGAAAGUUCAUGAUUUUACACUCACCAAACAUAUUCCUGGAAACUGGACCUCAGGAAAGUGAAUGCAUUGCAUAUAGUGCAUGCUAGAUAUAUUCAUUAUAAAUAAACGUUUUGUUAAUAUUUAAUAGUCCAAUUAAUUUUAUUUUUAAUUAUUUAAUAAUGUCAUGUGGAGUAAAAGACCAAAUAAAU